AUGGCCUCAAAUGCGUCAACACGCUUUGCUAUUCCUCUCCAUCGGUCACAUUCACUAAUAAGUACGACACAGGUAGUCUUCCGCUACCUCGGACGUUUGUCCGUCCUCCGAGACGUCUUCAGUAGAGAUAUUUCGGCAGACUUACAUCAACUAGCGACCAAUUGCUUAAGGGUGCUGGGCUCUAUUCCGACACGCCCACCUACAGUUGGCGAGCGCUAUCUCAGCGCUUUCAUUUCCGCAAGAACGCCCGCCGAGUCGGACAACGACGACGACCCCGACUGCAUGGCCGUCGCUCUUCCCCAUCCUUACGCCCCGCGACGUCCAAAGGCCACGCUGCGCAGUUCCUACGAUGCGCAAACCGCCGGAGGCAUGCGCGAGGAUUCUAGGGCGAUUGAUGCGAAAAUCAGUCUAGAAGACGCCGAGGACGAUGCCCGUGAUCGUCAAGACGUCGUCCAAUACCUGUCAAUUGAUCUCAUACCCCGCGACCCUCCACGCCCCCGAGCCGCCGGAGGCAUGCGCGGGGCCCCAAGAAUGAUUAAUGUGGAAAUGCUGUUCUGGAGGUGCCAUCCGCACCGACCGACGCCCUCGACGAGCCAGUCCGCUCUCUCCGCAUCGCCGAAGGCCUCGACUAGGUUUCUGGGGUCAUUGAGGCAUGCGCGCGCGCCCUCGGGUGAUGAAUGCGACAACACCAAAGCGGUAGUUCACAAGGGGAAGAGCGCGCGCCGCUCGCAGCCGCGCAGCGGCGCGAAUGCAGGGAGAUAUGGUGGAGGGAACACUGAGGACGCGUACCGUGCGAGAGCAGGGAGAUCGGUCGAGGGGACACAUACGGUGACUGGCCGACGCAGACGAGAGCACGCGGCGACCGAUGAGUGCGGCGGGUCGUCACGAAAGCGCCGACAAGACACGGCGAAUCGCGCGAGAAGCGACACCGGCACGCGCGCGGACGGGGGAGACCAUGACCGAGCUAAUCACGGCCGUCCCGCCGCCACCGCUGCUGCCCGAAUGCGAAGAAGACGCCCCGUGAAGAGAUUCGACUCUACGCCUCCCCAUACCCCUUCACGCCGCGCCCCCGCACGACCCCAGGAGAGGGGAGACCAUGCCCUUCUCGCGGCUGACGUGCACGAGCAGGACCUUACCUCGAUGUUUAUCAUCCCGAAGACCGCCUCAUCGCCGCACUCUACACCACUCGACGAUGGGCUGCGAGCGAUGCGGCACCCCUUUGACCAACUGCCCUCCCCCAUCAUCCCACCUCUCAACCCGGUGAUUUCUCAGCAAGGUGAGGUCCUCCUCAUGAUGAGGGACCUACGCAGAUGCGCUCAACACGCCACAAAGAGCUUGAUCGACGACGGCACGCGAGAGAGGGGCGAGGAGGGGGAGUGCCGUUUCCCCUCGUCAAAAGCUGUAUACACGCCGUUGCCACGGCCGGGCAUCGACGAGGAGGCCCUCGACUUUGAAGGGGGUGACCCUCACGGCUCGUCUCGCAGCGAGCGCGCACGAAAUGAGCCCCUCAUCUCAUUUUCUUUCGAAAAUCCGACCUUUUCUCACACGGCUCGCGCGAGGCCUGCAGGACUGGGACGGACCUCGAACACGGCGGAGACGCAUCGCAUAGCUCGGCAGAACGUCUGGGAGAGUACACGCAGACCGCCGCGGCGCUCGCGCGGCUCCCUCGUUCUCGCGAGGGUGGGGGAGAUGGCACCCCACCCCACCCUCUCCCUCCUCCACUACAAGGACUGUACUCCGCGCGGGCGAGGUGCUCUCGGCGCCGUAGAAAGCGGUGGGGUGGGGGAGGACAAGGAGGCAGGGGGGAUGUCGAGGGCGAAUCGAGCGCCGCUUUCAACGUUUUCUGCCUCGUGGGUGGCGUGCGCGACGUCGCGGGACACGGGGAAGGUGUUUGGCGGCUGCGGGAGGGGUCAACAAAGGAGGGGAGCGGGGUGGAAAGGGCGAGACAACGCGCGAAGUCGCCGUCGUGGUGGUCAUCUGGCAGUGCAGUAG